AUGGCCAAAGAGAAUUCUAUACGACACAACCUGUCCUUGAACAAGUGUUUUCUCAAAGUGCCUCGCUCCAAAGAUGACCCUGGAAAAGGUUCCUACUGGGCUAUAGACACCAACCCUAAAGAAGACUCGGUACCCAGCAGGCCGAAAAAGAGGCCGCGCUCCGGAGAAAGGGCAUCGACUCCAUACAGCCUGGAGUCAGAGUCUCUGAGGAUGGACUGCAUUAUGUCGGGGGGGGCGUCCCCCACUCUGGCCAUUAACGCUGUCACCAACAAGGUACGGCACGGCAACUCUGUAGCACUGUACAACCCUGAGGCUGAGGGCAGUGAGAGUCCAGGGAGUCUGGGCAGCCUGAGCAACAGCCUCUCCGAGCAGAGUAUGGCGUCCGUCAACCUCAACAACCUGACAACCGCCGUCAGCAGCGGCAGCAACGUACACGGCUACACACCAGUGAAGCAGCCACUCCGGAGCCUUCGUCCCAGUCCUGAGUCUCCAGCAGCCCGCACACCCGCCUCCCCCCCCUCCCCUCCAGCACCAGUCGGUUCGUGUUUGCCCGUCCCCGACGUCGCGGGAAAAGCCGCUCUGUUUCCUCGGACUUCGAGGACCUCAGCGCUUCUUUCCGCCAGUCUUUACAGUGUGUCUUUGAGCAGUCCUUCUCACACAAGCUUUCAGGUCAACAGGCCUCCUUCCACUCAGACCCCCCCACCACCAUCCUCCACCACCCCCUAUCACCUUCGCUCUCCCCCCGAUUUCUCCUCCACGAAACACAUCCACGCGCCUUUCAGGGAACCGAGGAGAUUGAUGCGCUCUGUUGAGCUCCGUAACUGCUGCCUGUGUUCACCCUCUGGACAAGGUCCCUUCAAUUUGUGGUCAGGGGCACAUCGCGGAAGAAAACAACACAAGUGA